AUGGUCCGUAAUGGCAGCCCUGAGCCGGCGGACAAUUUCCCGCUCGGCCACUCUGCCACCUCCCCACAGCCGCAACCCUCGAAGCGCGACAAGAGGCGCAACAUGCUGGCCGAGAAGCUGUCUGAGAUGAUGGCCACCUUCUCAGACAACCGCGACAGCCACUAUAGAGCCCAGCUUGCUGCGCUACAGGCCGACAUCAACCUCAUCAUGAAGGCCGAUCCCUAUAAGAACGAGCCACUCGAGGAUAACGGGGAGGAAGCCUCUGAGCUGAUCGCGCAGAUCAUGGGCAACAACGUGCCAACUGCGCCCAGUGCUGGCACCGACUACGUUGCGCAGUGCGGCAAGCACUACUCGCGCUUUGUGGAUGCCGUCAACGACGCCAUGGAGGAGCGCGACUACAACCUCACGAUGCUUUACAACAAGCACGAGAACAGUAAGAACGAAAUCGAAAACUCGCAUCUGUACAAGGUCAGGAUCGCAGAGGAGGAGCACAAAUACCUUGCAGCCACCGUUCGCGAACGCCUCAUGGCAAGCAUACAGCAGCGCUCCAACAAGCUGAGGCGUGAGAAGGAGCAGCUCGACAUCUCCGACAGCAACGCCAUGCUCCUGCACCCCAACCAGUUCAGCAUCGGCCACCCCGCCAGCCCGGGUGGGCCACAAGCUCCGCGCAAGACCAGACGAACAGGACAUAAGUUUGGAGGGGAGGCUGAAGAGGCCGCAGUAGCGGCAGAGAAGUCGCGCAAACGCAAACUGUUUGAUGAGAAUGAGAUCGACUCGCCGGGCCCCUCUGGCCGCAACGUCGAAGCAGGCAAUGCCUCGCCCUACCGCGAAGCCAAGGCACGCACCAUGCACACACAAUUCGAGGCCUCUGCCUACUCCCUCGACCGUCUCUUCACCGAAAAGGAACUUAAUAUGGCCAUGACCAAGGCGACGAAUGCAGCCUCCCACUUCUUCGCCAAGAUGAGGCCGAACGAAGCCUCCAACACCGAAGCCACGACUAACGGGCACGCCCAGACCAACGGCGACCACGCCUCCGAGAAUGGUGAUCUCCCCGAUGCAGACCAGGACUCAGACGAAGUUCCUGGCGCUACAGACAUGGCUCGCCAAGUCUCGUCCAACCCGCAUGCAACACGCGGCGCCACGCGCUCAACAACGUCAAUAACAAACGGCCAAAUACCGUUCAUAUACAACCCGCCUUUCGUCCUCGACGCCAAGAUCUUUCAGAAAGUCAACGCCUCGGCGCCCACACCACCACCUCUUGCGCCGCAAGAUGUAGACCAAGAUUUGAAGCUGAUGCUAAGAGAAGCACAACCAGACGACGAGCUCAACGAAAGGCUGCUACAGGCGGCAUGUCAGCCAAUCAAAGCAAGAGACUAUCAAAUCCAACCACCAGGGUUUCAGGAGCCAGUCAAUGAGAUCACAAGCCACGUCCGGACCGUAGUGCCUCACCUCGAAGUUGGAGCAAUGGGCGGCGUGCCAAUGAGCGCGCAGAGUAGUAUGGCUGGGUACAGCGACGCCGGGGGAAGCACACCAUUGGGGCGGUACGUAGAGAGCAGCACAUCCGGCCACGGUGGCAGUGUACCCAUGGCCAGAACAGCGAGCGGGAGAGGAAGGGCUAGGGGACGAGGCGCUGGCUGA